UAUUCUAUGACACCGGUUAGUAUAUAAAGUGAUGCGGGUGUGCUGGGUAAAACUUAUUCAGCAAACUUUCGCCUACCAGGUACUCAAGCACGGAUAGAAAAUGUCUGCUACCAAAGUCCUUGGUGUCUCGUUGAUCUGUUUGGUACUAUACAUUGCUGCCGUCGAUGCAGAAUGUGGAAGUUUAUCAAAGGUUAAGCUUGGGGCAUGCGUGACGGCAUUUUCAACGGCCAACUUAGGUAACCGUGAUCAACGUAAGGAGCGUAUCGAUGCUGGCAACACCACCUGCCCAACGGACAUCUUCAAGGAUAGCUGCAAAUCCUACGGCGUCAUGAAGGGGUGUGCUGACUUUGGUGGCUACCCCGAAGGCUGCGGAGCGGACUAUGACAGGAUGCUAAAGGAACAAAAUAUUGAGUGUACACACGUGGAACUGUACAACUUGUGUGGAGGUGCCACUGCCCUGGUGACCAGCUUCACACUGCUCAUCACAUGCAUAAUCACCAUCUUCAGCUUGUAAAUAUUGGAAGAAAAUCAGAGAGGCACGCACAGCACGAUCCACAGUCCACCGGAAUAUCAUGAACCACGCUUAUUUUGGCUUCAAAAGAGAACCUUCAUCGCACUAAACAUGACUGUGGCUCUGGAUUUAGUUUUCACCUAUCACUUUCAAGCAAUGCUUUGUAACAAGGUGCAAUUGUAGCAGUACAACUAGGCCCACUCAUAUACAGUUGUUUACAAACCUCUCGGCAUUCCACUGUCAUCCGAGUUGUGGUGUGCGGAGACCACGUUGUCAUUGAUGCACCACCACUGAACGUACUUGGUGUCAAUAUUAUAUGAAAUUAACUACAUGAUCAGUGCUUUAGCAAACCGAUGUAUAUUGUUGUUUGUUGUUGUGAGGGAAAAAUAAAUCUGAUAAAUUCUCA